CUUGAACGGUGGCAGUGAGGGAGGCAGCGAGCCAUAAGGCGGUUUCUCUGGCAGGUGGCUGGCUCUGCAGGUGUCGAGGCAGGCAGAGCUGGGUACCAGCCCGGCCAUCAAUAAUGCAGGGAAGGGCUCACAUGCCCUUGCUGGCUGUCGCAGGAUUCCUCUCUCCCCAAGAGUCCGGUUACUUCCAGAGAUCAAGUUCCAGCCUCUUGGCUGGUGAAUUAUUAAACUCCAGCAGAGCUCCAUUCCCUUUGUACCGCGGCUGUGUCUUCCUGCUCUUCUUCCUUGCCAGCAACGGCCUCUUUCCAUCCAGCCGGCUGUGCAGAAGUGGAGUCCUCCAGGCCAGGAUAGUACCUUGUGCUGUUCUUUAUUCCUUCUUCCUCUCGAAGAGGGGAAAAGGCUCCAGAGAUGGACCUGUCCUACAGAUCCACCAUCUCCAUCUAUAAGCUGAGCCACAGCAGGACAUUGACCUGCUGAGGUCUCUGAAGCGUGGCUCAUACUGGUGUUCACGUGCUUCUGCCUGGCACAGAGUAUCCUGGAGCAGUUCAACCCCGCGCUGGAGAACCUGGUGUACCUGGGAAACAACUACCUGCGUGCCUUCCACGCAUUAUCCAAAGCAGCUGAAGUGUAUUUUAAGGCUAUUGAAAAGAUUGGGGAGCAAGCGCUGCAGAGCUCCACCUCACACAUGCUGGGUGAAAUUCUGAUGCAGAUGUCCAACACGCAGAGAGUCCUGAGCUCUGAUUUGGAAGUGGUGGCUCAGACCUUUCAUGUGGACCUGCUGCAGCACAUGGAGAAGAACACCAAAAUGGAUGUACAGUUCAUCAGUGAGAGCCAGAAGCAGUAUGAACUGGAGUACCAACGCAGAGCCACUAACCUGGAUAAGUGCAUGGCAGAGCUGUGGAGAAUGGAGAGGGCCCGUGAUAAGAAUGUCCGUGAGAUGAAGGAGAAUGUGAUGCGGCUGCGCUCGGAGAUGCAGGCGUUUGUCUCUGAGAGCCAGAGGGAGGCUGAGCUGGAGGAGAAACGCCGCUACCGCUUCCUGGCUGAGAAGCACCAGAUGCUCUACAACACCCUCCUCCAGUUCUACAGCAGGGCUCGGGCCAUGAUCCAGACCAAGGCACCGCAGUGGAAGGAGCAGCUGGAGGCCACCCGCAACCCCUCAAACAGCCACUCGCAGGGUCUUCUCGGAGCCUGUCAUGGCCAAGGGUAUCCAUCGGGCCGGCUCACCCCCACCCACCUAGAGAUGCCCCAGCGACCCCUUGGGGACUUUACUUCCUCCAUGACUGGGAGUAGAUCCAGCAUCUUCUCUCCAGAGCCUCCAGAAAUGAGACUGUCUCCUCAGCCAGAGCCCCCCAGGCAGCCACUGCGGAGGACACCAUCAGCCAGUUUGCUCCCAACCGGCCGCACUUCCCGGUCGGGUUCCUUUGGCGAGGCCAGAAGCAGCGGCAGUGAAGGCAGGAGGACGAGCGGCAUGGCGAGAGUGCAGGCUAUCGUGCCCCACACGACCGGCGUCAACCGGACCUUGCUACGGUUUGACCCCGGGGAUGUCAUCACGGUGCUGAUGCCGGAGGCGCAGAACGGCUGGCUCUAUGGCAAGCUGGAGGGCUCGUCCACGUGCGGCUGGUUCCCUGAAGCUUAUGUCAAGCCUCUGGAGGAUGCGAGAGAGAUGGAGGAGCCAGUUACCAGGUCCUUCCCACUGCGAAGCAGUCACAGUAUGGACGAUAUCCUGGACCGUCCCAGCACUCCUUCCUCUAGCAAUUACUGGCCUGCCACUUCCCAGCCCCAUUUGCCGAACCCACCUCCCCUCUCAAUGGGUGCCAGCAGUCACCAGAGUGGGGUGGUCACCCCCGUCAGUUCUGGCUCCAAGGUGAGUGCAGGAGGAGUGCCUGGUGUGGGGGUGUGUGUAUGGAGUGGGCCACAUCUGACUUCCAUCCUCCAACACACACCUUCUCUGCAUUUGCCUGUUGAGAAAGGAAAACACCUUCCAGAUGUUGGUGUGUGACCUCCUCCCUUCCUGAGUUAAGGAGUUUUGCUAGCACUGGCCUUUCUCACCCAGUCUGUUCGCAGGCCACCAUACCCUGGUGACCCCUGCUAGUCAGCCUUGUGCGUGCAGAUGCUCAGUACCUCGCUUUGCCCCCACAAGGGACUGCGUUUGUGCCCUUGCCCUUCUCAUUUCUCUCUCUUUUUGCUCAGCAGGGAUCCUUCAGUUCCACCCUUUUCUCCAUGACCCCCCAGCCUGAUUUCUGGUGGCUCCAGGGCAGCACCUCUUUCUGCUAAUAGUAGGACCAUGGAGUGAUCAGGCUGGGCUGGGUGACCAGCUAACAGAGAUGCCAUCCUUCUUCUCCCUUCAGAAAAUGGAGAGGAAUUUCAUAUGUCUCCUCAUCUAAAUUCAAGCAGGGCCUGGGUUAAAAUCACAGCUGGGCUAAGGGAAAAGCUAGGGGCAAAGGCUGAGGGUACACUCAUUUUGAAGGGCCUUAGAACAGGUUGUGUCAAUCCAUGCCUUACGCAUGGCGUACU